AUGCCACAUAACGAUCCUCUCCUCGUCGACCUUGACAUCAGUGAAUGCCUAGUCGCAAAAGUCCUUAUUGAUACCGGCAGCUCAGUCGACCUCAUCUUUCGCGACACACUCGACAAAAUGGGAGUUGAUUUAAGGGAUAUGAAGCCUUCCUCUCGCACGCUCACCGGCUUCAACGGAGCCUCGGAGCAAAUGAUCGGGACAAUUCGUCUUCCAGUAUACGAAGGUGGUAUAACCCGCACCGUCAAGUUCUACGUCAUCCGCGCCAAAUCACCUUAUAAUGCCAUACUCGAAACACCAUGGCUUCAUUCCAUGAAAGCCGUUCCUUCGACUUAUCAUCAAUGCGUCAAGUUUCCCGGAAAAGACGGCAAAACACAGACGAUUCGGGGAGAUCAACAAGCCGCGAGAGAACUACUAAUCGCAACUGUAAAGAUGCAGCAACAGGCUUCCCUUGUCAACUCCGUCAGUAAACCACUCCACAAGAUAUACCCCCAAAAGGAGGAAGUUCGCGAAGUCGCAAUCGAUGAGUCCGACCCGACAAAAAUCAUCCGAGUUGGCGUCUACCUGUCCGACGACAUAUGUUCAAGGAUCAUCUCUUUCAUCAAAGACAACGCCUCGACGUUCGCCUGGAAGACUUCCGACAUGAAGGGGAUCGACCCCGCAGUUACCUCCCAUGAACUGCACAUCGACCCGACGUUCAAACCCAUCCGACAGAAGCGACGAAAACUCGGUCCAGAACGAUCUAAAGCCGUAAACGAAGGAGCCGACAGGCUCCUCGACGCGGGUUUCAUUACCGAAGUCUGA